AUGUUUAGUUGUUUAGAUUUAAAUUUACUUAUUUAUUUUUAUUUAAAAAUGAAAACUUUAUUUAUAGGUCUAGCGAUUUCGAUAUGUGUUGUAUUAAUAUUGAUGUAUUUAGUAUUUAAAAAGUAUUUCAGAAGGUAUGGGUCGGUAAGUGAUGUUUCAAUGAAAGUUUUUAAAGCUUAUGUAGGUAAUGUAGUUGAUGGUGAUACUGUCACUGUCUAUCACAUUCCUAAGUAG